AUGGUAGGACAUGCACAAGACGAAAUGACGCUUACUGAAGUAUCAUCAACGGCAUUUUCAUCAUUGUCAUCAAGUCGAAUCAAAACUGUUACUCAUCAUGAAUAUUUUGAAUCAUAUCCGACUGUUAAAAGUUGGCUGAAAAGUCAAAUAAAUAAUCCUAAACAACGAAUCAAGAAUUAUUUUCUCUCCUAUUUACCAUUUAUCAAUUGGAUUUAUCGUUACAAUUUAACUUGGUUUUGGGGUGAUCUUAUUGCCGGUUUGACUGUUGGUGCUAUUGUGAUACCACAAAGUAUGGCUUAUGCUGGAUUGGCAAAAUUAACACCACAAUUUGGCUUGUAUAGUUCAUUUGUUGGAGUGAUGAUUUAUUGGCUUUUUGCUACUAGCAAAGAUAUUAGUAUUGGACCUGUGGCAGUUAUGUCAGCAUUAACCGGUAAUGUGAUAGAAGCUGUACAUAAAGAAUAUCCGGAAUAUGAAUUACAUACCAUCGCAUCGGCUCUAUCUCUCAUUGCUGGUUGUAUUGUUUUUGCUCUAGGCAUGUUUCGUCUCGGCUUUAUAGUCGAUUUCAUUCCUCUACCAGCUUUAGCAGCAUUUAUGACUGGAUCAGCAUUGAAUAUUGCUAUGGGACAAAUACCAACACUAUUGGGUAAUAAUAAAUAUUUGGAUACACGUGAAUCGACCUAUUUAGUUUUUUAUAAUUUUUGGAAGCAAAUUUCACAUUGUAAUUUAAAUGCUGCACUCGGCUUAACAUCACUCUUUCUACUUUAUUUAAUUCGUUUUGUUUGUCUUCGUGCAAGUAAACGUUUUCCGACGAAAGAAAAAUUAUUUUUUUUUAUCAGCACACUUCGUGCUGUAUUUGUUAUUCUUCUCUAUCUUCUCAUUUCGUGGUUAAUCAAUCGAAAUGAUCCUCAACAUCCACGAACGGCUCUACUUGGCACAGUUCCACGCGGCUUUCAAAAUAUGGGUAUACCCUAUAUUGAUCGACGAUUAUUGAGUGCUUUUGCAUCGUAUCUACCAUCGACAGUAAUUGUUCUUCUCAUUGAACAUGUUGCUAUAGCUAAAUCAUUUGGUCGAAUCAAUAAUUAUGUUAUUGAUCCUAAUCAAGAAUUGAUUGCCAUCGGAAUAACAAAUAUAUUUGGACCAUUUUUUGGUGCCUAUCCAGCGACAGGUUCAUUUUCCCGAACAGCUAUUAAGUCUAAAGCAGGNNUAUUUAAACGUACAAUUACUAUUUACUGCUCGACCACGAAAUGCCUUUGA